CUUAUCCUGAGCAUCAGAAACCUGGUAUGCAAGGGAUAUCAUUACUGGAUAUUUGUUAUGAAAUUCUGUUUUGAAACUGUGCAUAUGAAAUGUGAGAGCCCAUAUCCAAAAUGAACAAGAUUCCAGCUCUGGAUUUUAGCAGCCAAUGAUUUGUUGGAUGACAGUUGUGAAGCACAAAAUAAGAUUGAGAGACACUACAAAUCCUCAAUGGAAGAAGAGCACCACAGUCAGAAAAUAAGGUAUGCAAAAUCUUCUAUUUUGUGUUUGUGAUUUUCCCAAAAAUCUAUCUUGGUUUAAUAAAAUGUAUAUGAUAGAGAGCUUAUUAAUUAAUGUGUACAUUUGUACUCAUUCCUAGAAGCAUGACACAUGUUAGGUCUUCCCAGUUAGCCAUCGGAACAACAGCUAUUUUUGGGUAAGAACACACUGAUCCUCCAGGGAAUAGCAGUGUACUGAUACUGAAUGGUAAGUGGUGAGGGGCAACGUUCAUUUUAAAUUCAAUUAUCCCUCUGAUUAACUUUGCAGGAUCCUCUGCAUGUGCUUUAUGUUUGUUCGGUAGACUUUUAGGUAUGGCUCUUAAGAUUCAGCAUGAAUAAAGAAUUUAAUUUGGAAUUAACAAUACUAACUUUGCUAUGUGGUCAUUUGGCCAACUCUAAAACAAAUAAUGCAUCUUCUUCAUGCACAAUACUACUCUUUCUCUUAUAGUACAACAGCAUCAGUCUCACUUGAAAUAUCUUCAACUACUACAACAAGGGGAGUCAGGGAUCAAUCGAUCAUUGGGAAAGGAAAGAAAAUGGAUGUCAAAGAAACCUGGAGACAAAUAAAAGUAGAGGUCACCUCUCCUGACAGACACUGCAGAGCUGGAGAGCAGACGUUCUGACAGCGACGUCGUGGUUGGCACCCAUCACCUGGGAGUGCACCUUCAAUUUAGACAUCAUUGACAACAUGUAUCAAAAACUUCACUAUAGCAACUACGAUUUUUGCUGUUGGAAAGUAAAUACAUAUUAUUUACAUGAAGUUUCACCAGCGCUGGGGAGCUGAGGCGCUCAGCCAGCUUGUCGCUGCAGUUCACCUAUCUUACUACUAUGAGAGCCGGGACAAGUUCCUCUACGAACGCAGACCUGCCUCAUUAUCCUUUGUGCCCCUGAAUGAGGGGGACUUCUACUAUGACGGAGCAGUGUUUGGAGGGACUGUGGAGGAGGUCCACAAGCUGACUAGGACAUGCCAGGAGCAUCUGGACAGAGACAGGGUUAAUGGCAUAGAGGCAGCGUGGCAAGAAGAGAACCAUCUCAACCGCUACCGUAUCUACAACAAACCCACCCGGCUGCUCUCCCGAGUACAUAUAUGGGACUACAGAAAGAGUCAUGAUGCACCUGAGAUCAAGGUCAUAAGGCUGGCCUCUGUCAUGAAGAAUAACGUAGAAAUACGACAAUGUAAAAAUGUAGAGGGUCAAUAACCUCAGUUUUGGAUGAAAAAAAACGUGAAAUACAAAUUAUUUUAAACAGAGGUCGAUCAACUUUGCUCUUAUGCCCAAUAUUAUUUUGAACUUUGUUUUGUAAGUUCGCUUUUUUCAUUAAUAUUUUGUUGUAUUAGGGCCACAAAGACA